AUGCAGUUGGUCGUAGCAGCAUUUCUUCUGCAGCUGCUGCAUUCCACCUCUUCAUUCGACUAUCAUGGGGAUGAAACAGGAUCAUCUCUAGUAGGCAGUGCUUGUUCGACGAAUACUGAUUGCGUACACGGUGCAUACUGCAGAAUGGGAGCAUGUAACUGCAUGAACAGUUACGUCGCUGUUGAAAAAUACUGCUGGAGAAAAAUAUCGCCAGAGGAAUCUGGUUGCAUUUACGAUGAACAGUGUGGCGCAUUAUGGCCAGGAGCUAAUUGCCAGUCCAAUACGUGCAAGUGCCCUCAACCACUACAGGCAGCGGUCACUAGGGAAGGAGUAGUUUGCCACCCAAAAGAUGAAUGCCCUACAAAUGGUAGGAACUCUUUGCUCUACAACCGAAACACCGGUACACCAUCAAUGUGCUUCCUCCUAAACCCAAAUAACCAAUCAUGGGAGUUCAUCGGGUGCGAUGACUUUCCAGAAGUGCACAAUUGUAUAGAUGGUUUGUGCUGUCCAACAAAAGCACUUACCUGCAUUCAGCCAAUUGACAUGGGUCGUCCGACAAUAGAUAACUUCACCACUACACGAUGGCGGAAAUUCGAACAAUUUUCCAACCAAAGGGCACUGCGAACUGUACUGUCUGUUAGGCAGAGUGGAACUCUUCAUGCACAGCUUGCACUUCAAACAAUUUCGAUUGCACAGCGACUGACGACGAAUAUCGCUGUUGUCCUACAGUUGACUUCAUAUGCAGCGAGUUUGGAGGCCUCCAGACAGUUUUGCCUCAGCAGAAGCUGUUUCAUCAAACAAACCAAUAUUCGCCAGGCUCGCAACGACAGGAUCAGCAUCCGGUCACAAGAGACGCGGGUGGAUUCAAGGGAUGGACUCCCUGUUUCUGCUGAGCCAGGACUGACUCAUGACAUCCUUGUAUUCCGCACGUCGGUCCGGCCAAAAGCCUGCAAUCAAGUGACUGGGAAAUGCAAGGGAGGCGGUUUGGAGUAUCCUCCAACUAAUAAGCUCCACAUGUCCGCUCUGAGAGAACGGAAGUUCUCCCAAAAACUCAUGGGACUAGAGGCUUGCAACUUGCCCAUGGGUUUUCAAAAUUUCUAUGCAAAACACAGUAAUAGAAAAGAGUCUCCUGAUUCCGGAGGAAAGCCUGGUACGGUAGCGCCAGGUAGGACAGGGUUGCAGGAGUCAUGUAGGCUACUGAAACGGAAAAGGACUAGGAUGGCGAUCUGUACUUGUAACGCAUGUACGCUUGCAUCGGAAGCGGCCAUCGAAGAUCUGAUGAUGCAAGCCAAGAAGAUCAAGCACGGCGUCAUCGGACUGACCGAGACGGGGUGCGUGUAA